GAAUGAUCUGAUAUCGAGUGAGACAGUGUGCUGCGAGUGUCUAGCAAAGGCCAGUGAAGUCGUCCAGUCAGUCAACUGAAAGCGCGCAGCAAGUCGAAGCGGAAAUUUCGAACGCACGCAGCUGAUUCCGAUCGUCAGCUGUUUUCGGUUUGUUGUGUUGAGUUUAUUGUAAUGUUUUGAGUGCUAAUACAGUUGCUAUUUGGGUAGCUCAACUAGACUAUUUUUUAUUUGAUAUUUUUGGAUAACUCGGCAGUAUGUUGGUGUUUGAGCAGAGUCCUGCUAAUCACCACCAAAAGGAAGUUUUAUCUUCUAAACCCAGUCAACAUUUAGUAAAAGUAUCUUCCCGAAAUGGACCACUUACGUCAAAAGCUUCGCUCACGUACUUAAAGGCUGUACACAACAACAAAGACUUUUCGUCGUCGGAUUAUGGCUCAUCUCAUUUGCAUCAGACGAGUAGUUCAUCGAGUAAACAUCUAAGCACAUCUUGCCAUAACGGCAUCUCCAGAACUUCUUUGAUAUACUCAGAUUUGCCGUUAUUGGAGACAACCAAAUCGUCUUCCAAAGUUAAUUUGAAUCAUCACCAGAGCAAAACAGUCACCACACCGAUGUCUCCCUUGGUGGACGCCUUUCUGGCCAUCAAUAACAAUUCCACGCGGAGUUCGCACGAACUGAGCAAUAACAAUAAGGAGGAAAAUGGUUUUCCUAUGACGCCUUCAGAUGCACUACGUGUUUAUGGAAAUCGACUGUCUGACUACGAAAAGACUGAGAUAGAAAAAUAUUCAAAAAUCUGGUACCUGGGACUAACUGCGUGUAAGAUACAUGGAGAACAUGGAGGUAGCCAAAAUGGAGGAUUCGACGAUGAUAGUGGAAGUUAUAAUAAAGUUUUGCACGAUCACAUCGGCUACCGUUAUGAAAUUCUCGAAGUGAUCGGUAAAGGCAGCUUCGGGCAAGUCAUAAGGGCGCUGGACCACAUGACUAACAAGCACGUCGCUAUCAAAAUAAUACGGAACAAGAAGAGAUUCCAUCAUCAAGCUUUGGUAGAGGUGAGGAUACUGGAUCAUCUUAGAAAAAAGGAUAAAGAAUGCAAUCACAAUGUUAUCCAUAUGUUGGAGUAUUUUUAUUUUAGAAACCACCUGUGUAUCAGCUUCGAAUUGCUCAGCCUUAAUCUAUACGAACUAAUAAAAAAGAACAACUACCAGGGAUUUAGUCUGAAUUUAAUCAGGAGGUUCGCCAACUCACUCCUUAAAUGCCUCCGGUUGCUGCAGAAGGAGAAUAUCAUUCAUUGCGAUCUCAAACCGGAAAACGUUUUGCUGAAACAACGAGGCAGCAGUUCGAUCAAAGUUAUAGACUUCGGAAGUUCCUGCUAUUCCAACCAGAGGGUGUACACUUACAUUCAGUCGAGGUUCUAUAGAUCUCCGGAAGUUAUACUGGGCCUCACUUACGGUACUGCCAUUGAUAUGUGGAGUUUGGGUUGUAUUUUGGCAGAGCUGUACACAGGUUAUCCUCUAUUUCCUGGAGAAAAUGAAGUGGAACAGCUGGCUUGUCUAAUGGAAGUUUUAGGACCACCUCCCGAUGAACUCAUCAAUAUAGCGACCAGAAGAAGACUAUUUUUUGAUUCACGUGGAAACCCCCGUUGUAUAACUAACUCCAAAGGGAGGAAGCGGAAACCGGGCUCGAAAAACUUGGCAAUGGUUUUGCGGUGUAACGAUCCUAUGUUCAUCGAUUUCAUAUCCAAGUGUCUAGAUUGGAACCCAAAAAAGCGUUUGGCUCCUGACGAAGCCUUACGCCAUCCAUGGAUUACGGCAGGUUCGCAUUCAUCAAAAUCCGGGGAACUCCGCCACAGUCAUUCGGAAAUAAACGUAUCCCACGACAGCCAUUCAUCGAGCAGCACCUCCGGCAGCAGUCACUCGAGGGGCCACUACAAAAGCAUUGUACAAAAAGGUGAUAAAGUCAAGGCCAAAAUAGUAGAGACUAGAUUGCACGACAGCAUCACCAAGUUAGACUCAAACCUAAACGACUCUGGAACCUUUCUUCCGCCUAUACUUUAGUUGAUUUCGUCUCUGUGGGGAUUUUACAAUUUAAAGAAUAAUGUGUAGGUUUUAGUAUGUGUUUUUAGGGAAGGAACUUUUCUACUACUGACUUCAAAAACUAGUUACACCAUUUGAUGAAUCAAAGAUUACUUAAUGUAAAGGUUCUUUGCUUAUAGAUAUCAAAGGGGUCAUGUAGACUCAUAAGUUCACACUACGCACCAAAGGGAUCUUAUGCACACAUUAUAUUUUAUUCCAAAAGAUCUAACCAUCUAAGAAAAUCUAUUGUCCAUUUGGGAUUUAACUUUGUCACCUGAUCAGGUUCUAAAAAUAUAUGUUUUAAGUAUCUACUAGGGCGGUCCUACAAGUACAUACUUAGCUUCCAAAAGAAAAACGAUAAUUUUGGAAAAGUGGUAAUUUAUUUCUGAACAUAGUCUCCAUUUAGCUCGAUACACUUGACCCAGAGAUGCUCUAACUUCUCUAACCCAUCUGAAAAAUACGUUUUCUUGAGGUCUGCAAUGUCGGUUUCCAUGGCGGCGACGAACUCCUCACUUGACUUAAAUUUCUGCCCGGCGAGUAGCUUUUUCAAGUUACGAAACAAAAAAAAAAGUUGUACAAGGCGAAAUCUGGAGAAUCCGGUGGAUGCGAUAGUAGUUCGUAGUCCAAAUCCCACUUUGUCUAUGUGAGGGUGGAGGUGUGAAACGGUGCAUAGUCAUGAUGGAAGAGAAUUUUCUUCUCCCCCCCCCUUCCAAUUGCGACCGUUUUUUCUGCAAUUAGGAAUCACAGUCGCUGUGACCGUUUGUCGUUUUACAGGAAGCUGAUAUAGAUCACACUUUGUGAAUCCCAGAAAACGGUGGCUAUCAUCUUUCCGGCUGAUAGGACAGUCUUCGCCUUAUUCGGAGCACGUUCGCUGGAUGACGUCCAUUGUAUCGACUGUUCCUUGGCUUCGGCGAUUACCGGUCGAUACAAGUUUCAUCAAAGAUUAUGAAGUAACCUAGGAACUUCUUCAAAUUAGGCUUAAGCAGUCUCAGAUAUUGCUCUCAAGUGGUCUCAUGGUGGCGCUUGUUGGUAUGAGUGCGAAAACGCGGCACCCAUAGCACCAACAGCUUUCUUAUGCUCAAAAUUUGAGCAUAUGACCCACGCGAUCUUUUGAGAUGUCUAGUCUACUGUCUCAGGUAUCUCGUGUGAACCUUCAGUCGACGCCACGGUCUGCCAAUAGGCGAUCGUGGAUUUUUUCACGUUAUCCUCCAUAGUAGCCGUUUUCUGGGCACGUGUGCGUGACUUGUCAAAAACCGACGUGCGGUCAUGUUGAAACUCGAUAAAUCAAUUUUUUCGGUCGUCAUCGAAGGAGAAUAGUCACCGAACACAGCACUCAAUCGCUCUUUGAUUUCACUGAGCGAUUUCCCUCCCAAAAACAAGAAUCGAAUCACCAUCUGAUAUUGCUCUUUUUCAUUUUUCUAAAAUCCCCAGAUACGCUCGCUUCUACACGAGAUCAAAACAAAACUACGAGUCCGAUUUGGUUGAUAUUUUGAUUACUACAAGAAUGUAUUAGUAGAUUUCUCUUGCGAUAGUGGCGCCGUCGAGCGGAAAGGCUAAGUACUUAUCGGACUACCCACGUAUCCUGUUUUCUCUACUUUUUACAGAAUCUGCAUGAUUAUAAAAAUAAAGUUGACAUAAUUAUUAGAAAAUUUAUCAUAUAAGAGAAUAAUCAGGUACUACAGUUAAAAGAGCAAUAAAGAAGGACUACUUAAUACAUUGUGGAUUAUAAUGAAAAGAGUUUACAAGAAAAAUAUGUGAAAAAAUAUGGGAUAAUCGGAAGAAAACAACUAGACUCAACUGUGGUUCAGUCGUAACAGAGCCUGUCUUUGGAUUCAGGGGUUGUGAGUGCGAAUCUCGUCAGAGUUAGGAAGUUUUUCAUUUAUUAAAAAUUCAUAAGUGAAAAUAGUUUAUAUCCUUGUGGGAUCGGUACUCAUGCAGAUGUUCUGAUACAAUUAGCGUCUCUUUAUAAUGACAAUCAAGUGGAUUUUUCAAAGUAACAAGACAUUUACUCAACACACACACUACACACUACGCUAGCUAUCUGAUUGCAAAAUCAACUGUAUCAUGCCAAUGGCCAAUAGUUGUCGAGGCUUUAAGCUAAAUAAAACAAAAUUAACUAGAAUAUCAGAAAAAAUUAUGUCAACAAAAAUUGGAAAAUGUCCCAAGUCAACAUAAAAUAGAAAUGAAAGAAAAUAUAUUUAAUUAGGUAAUUUUGUGUGAAACAUCACUAUUUUUUUUAUGAAAAUUAACAAUUUUUCACAUCGGUAUUGUGAAAUUUUGCGUUGUUUGUCCAUAAUUGCCAUUCUAUAACAAAUGUUAAACUCAUAAGACAAGUAAAAGUUUUAUUUUUAAUAAAAUUAAAAUAAUAUCAAAAAUAAAACCUUAUUGGUAUUGGAAUAAUAUCAAAAAUAUAACUUUCGCUUGUCGCCGCUUGGCGCAGAUGUCGCCACGACAUCCGUAUUAUCAUGUUAUUUCAUUGUGAAUUGAUACUGGCAGCCCGAUUAUCAGUUUGCUCAGAGAUAAUCAUAUAUGCACGCUCUGAUGAUAACCUAAUAAAGUUUGAAACCGGUUAGGGUGCUUAUGAUGCUCUCUAAACGAACUUGAAAAUAAGACGGCUCUUGUUUCGUUUUACAACGAAAUGAUUGUUUAUUUAGUUAAACUCAUAGUUUAUUUAUACCAGUUAUUAGCAAGGAUAAUUUUAACAAAUGGUGUAACUCCUUUUGAGAAAUAAUUGACCUAGAAUAUUCCUUUGAUAGAACGAUAUGUUCGUGAAUUGUUCUUAUAAGACGGCCAACGAUUUGUUUAAGACCAAUAAUUCGCUUAUUAUAAUAUAGGUAUAGAUAUUUGUUACCCUUUGUAAGAACAAUUGAAGUCAUUUCCCGAAAGUUCUGUGAAAAAAAGCGUUAAAUUUUAAGGAAAUGUUGUGACUGAUAUUGCCUAAAUAUAUUGUAGACCGGUUGGCCAAAAUAAGGUACAUUCUUCUUUUAGCUGCAAUGGUAGAUUCAGAGGGGUACGAUUCUAAGGAUGGGUAUAGUUCAUUGGGAAAAAACGUUAACAUUUUCGGGAAGUUCGAUAUUAGUUGUAGGUAACAGGAUUUAAAUCCUUAUUCAGAUCUUUUAAAAAUACUAAAUGAAUCCAUUAGAUAUUUAUUUAUAAAACAGUAAACAUCAAGCACACAUUUUAAUUUGCAAGUAGAACAGCGUAGGUGCAGUAAGUAACUCACGCAUGUAGUUUUGCAGACAUCAGUAAGGUUGUUUAUGAUGUAACGAUAAACUUAACACAGUAAUGGAAAGACAUAGACAAAUAUAUUUACAGUCGGAAAAAUGAAAGAAUACCCAUAAACGAUCAGAUCAAUAACUUAUUUUGUAUUUGCUGUCUUUUUCUAUAACAAACGUUUGUUAUUUAUAGAAAAAGACAGCAAAUACAAAAUAAGUGAUUGAUGUGAUCGUUCAUGAGUAUUCUUUCAUUUUUCCGACUGUACAUAACGAUGUGUUGAUACAUAAGGGCACUUGAAUAGAUAGGGAACUGAAUACACAUAUCUGUCAACUGAAUACACUUAUAUGGUAUUUGUUAACUGAAUAAACCAGAUAUGGGUAUUUGAGUGUAUUCUUUGACGAUCAACCCCAUACCAAGGGUAACUGUGUCAUUACUGUGUCAAGUUUAUCGUUAUAUCAUAAACAACCUUGCUGAUGUCUGCAAACCUACAUGCGUGAGUUAUUUACUGCACCUACGUUGUUCUACUUGCUAAAUUAAAACGGGUGCUUGAUGUUUAUUGUUUUAUAAAUAAGUAUCUAAUGGAUUAAUUUAGGAUUUUUGAAAGAUCUGAAUAGUGAAUUAAAUCCUGUUACAGGCAAUAAACUUCGUAACGGAGACACUGCGUAACAGCGACAGUUCGUAACUAUAUUUAUCCGAAAAAUGUUCUUAAAAAGAUCCCAGUUGGACAAAAACUUUACAUCACAUAUUAACGAACGUUUGCGGUCUUAGCAGACCAUCAUCAGGUUAAACUCUAGAUCGUUGUAGUUGAAACUAGCCACAGAAAUUGGUGACAUGACCUUUGAAUAACAAAUUUUAAGUCAUAUUUGCUUAAUCUGAUACGACAGCCAGUCGAUGUUACAAGAUUAAAGAUUUAUCAAAUGUGCGUCUUCAUCUUUGCUUCAAGUUUGCACCGUGCACGUGCUGGUUUUAUGAGGAAGUCUGACCAACUAACUAACUGUAUUAUUUAUUAUUUUACAUAACGGGCUUACUUUAUUAUUUAUUAUUACUAACUACCAGGGCCGGCGAUAACGGGCCUGCAAGGGAUGCACUGCAGGCGGGCACCCUGUUUGGGGGGCGCCAAAAUGAGCUUUUUUCCGCCGGUGUUAUACAAAAUACUAAUUUAAAACAAACCGAAGGGUGCCUAUGCUUCUUUUGCAGGCGGGCGCCUUAUACCCUAGCGCCGGUACUGCUAACUACCGUUACUUUUAGUACGGAAAAGUAUGCAAAAUACAUUUUUGUAUAAAUGCAGUAAUACUAAAUUUGCCACAAAAAUUUACUAUUCUAAUUGGGAAAAAAAUUCUAAACAGAAUUAAAUGUAAGCGUUACGAAUUACCCAGCUACGAAUUGUUAUAGUUACAAACUAUCGUCGUUACGAAUUGACGGGGUUACGAACUGUCGCGUCACGAAAUGUCUUGUCACGCCGAAAAUCACGUUAACCGCCUGUUGCUGUGCGUGCAAGACAACUUGAAUUUCCCAGUUUGAGUUUCCCAAGGGAUGCAUCUUUAUUUGCGCUCCCAUUGUACCUAUUUUCCGCGUACGCCUAUAUUUAGUUGGUAAGUUUGAUUUGUGCAGUCGAAUUUCAAUUUUAACUGUGAUUAUUAAAAAUAGCUUGAAAUAUAUAGAAAGUAAGUUGAACUGUUUUAAAUUUUAUCAAAAAUGGAUGAGCAAAAAAUAUCGAAAAUAAGAAAUAUGAAUACACAUACAUCGAAAUAUGACAAGAUUGUAUAAGGUACAAUCCAGCGGACUAUACAGCGUUUCACGGUAAGAAUAGAACGUUGCUUAGAUAGGCCAAUGUAUUUCUUAUGGACGAUAGAAGCGCGCCGAUGCCACGCCGAACUGAUUAGAAUGAAUCGUAUAUCGGCAGUCCAGUAGCCACCCGUACGCGAGAGGCUUGGCAACACUAAUCUCCAUAAUUUAAAUUUAUAGACACAGACUGGCUAAUUUUAUGUUGACUUCUCAUAUCAACAUUAUUAAUAGUACAUGACCUUCUUCUUCAUGUACCUACUAUGUCCUUUCAGAACGUUGGUUACCAUCAUAGCUAUCUUAAUUUUAUUCACUGCCACCCGAAAUAGUAUGCUUGUAUCAAUACCAUACCAAUCUCGCAAGUUCUUCAACCAUGAGUCCUUCUUCGUCCUGGACUACGUUUGCCUGCUAUUUUUCCUUGCAUGAUAUUUUGUAGCAACCUAUAUUUGCGACCUCAUUACAUGUCCGAAAUACUCCAGCUUUCUCUUCUUAUGCUUUUUAUAAUCUCUAAUAUUGUGGAGUUUCGAAUCUUCUUCAGCCAAGAAACUUUACUAUUUAGAUCAUAAGAAUAGCCUGAGUCACUGUGUUUAGCUCUCUCUACUGUCUCUAUCUAUCUUUCUCUUUUUUCAUCUCGUUCCUCCCUUUAUUUUAUAUAUUGUGUACGGAGGAUUUUCUAUAUGAUGUUUUCAAUGUAAAAAAACAAACUUUUUAUCAUUUGGUUUCAAAAUCUUAAUCUUUAUCUGAUAUAUCAUUUACUUCUGAGGGAACGGAAGAAAAUGAGACAUAUCACUCACACGUUCUACAUUUUUUGAUAACUUCUGUUUUCCUAUAAGAAAUUUGGACAAAAAUAGUUCGGGCACUAGGUACCUGUUAUUAUUAAUAGAAUACAUUUGAGAUACAUACAUGACUUAAUUAGAUAUUUUUUGCUUAUCUUUGCUGCUUAACGAUAUUGUAUGUUAUUGUUGAAUAGUUGAUUUCUGUAAUUAGAGAGUAUUAACAAAGGGAUUGUUCUAUUAGCUAAAUAAAUUAAUGUUGGUUGAUUACUAGAACUACUUUAAAAACUUUCAUUUUGUACAUAACAUUGAUAUUUUUCGUUUUUGUUUUUCUUUCCACUGUUUUUAAUCAUUUAAUAAUGAACCUAAGGAGCAAUGUUUCCCCUAAUAUUAUAUAUUACGCUCUCAUCAUCACCAUCAUCAUCAUUCAACCUAUACUUAUCCACUGCUGAACGUAGGCCUCCCGUAGUUCACCCCACAAAUCCCUAUCUACGCCAGUCAAUGGGAGCAAGAAUAGGAUAUUACCUCCGAAUUCUAUCCUAUUGCAUGAAUUUUAAUGAAAUUUUGGGCCUAGCCUCUACUUAUCUCCUAAUUCAAAGUCUACCCUAUGUCGAUGUGUGCUUUUAUCUUGGUGGUGGUUCCCGCCCCUUCUGAGGGGUGGAAAAUUUUUUGGUUAAAAUUAUCACGAAAUUCGCUAUAGAACCUAAUUCUAGCAAAAACUGUUCUAUAAUUUUUUUUGAAAACUCAAUACUUUUUGAGUUAUUCGUGGUUGAAAAUUGGCCAUUUUCAUUGAAACAUAGUACCUUUUCGAAAGGUUUUUUGCGAAUACCUUAAAAUCUAUGCAUCUAACUAAAAAAACUAUAUUCAACAUUUUUGUAAGUUAUAAAAAAAGAGACACUUGCCUCCAUAAUUCUUCUAGUUAUAAUACAAAAAGAGAUAUGUUAGGUGAAAAUACAAAAAUAUGUUUCUUUGGUACAUUUGCAAAUUGGUGUAUUCAACUUGAAAUAACAGAGAAACGGUCGAUUUUUGUUGUAUAACCAUUAAUACCUUUUGUAGUGCUUGAAAAGAUCUUUUUUGCACGAUUGAUCAUUUUUGACUGUUUACCGUGACAUAUUUUACGUCAGUAGGUGACAUUUACUAGCAACUCGACGGUAAGUAAUCCAACUCGACGGUAAGUACUCCAACUCGACGGUAAGUAAUUCACUUACCGUCGAGUUAAAAAAUCUCUUAAUUUUAAUUUAUUUUUUGAAAGAAUAAGGAAAACUAAUGAAUUAUUUAUUAAUAUUGAAACUUAUGGUACAAUUUGUUAAAUUAUUUAAUGAAAUCCCACUUGUUUGGGCUGUGGUUUCACUUCUAACAGAAAUUCCUGCAGAAUCGCAUACAUUAGUAGUAUCCAACAUUUUUUCUCUUCAAAUACGCGAUCAAAGUUGAAAACUUGGAAAUAUCAAUGCCAUCAUAAAGAAAAACGGUGGAUUUAAUCAUUGAAUAUUCUGCCCAGAGGCUUCCAGAAGCUUUCAACUGCAUAUGUCUUCGAACGAAAUAUGCCAAUAGAGUCUUUUCUUCGAUUCUUAAAUUCCUGCCUUCGCACCAUUUUUUAAAACUUUGGUAGGUAUUUUGAUAACGGAUUUUGGAUUUUUCGGGAAUAAUUGCGGAACACCCUUUUUCCCAAGCCCGUUCAAUUUCUUCAAAUUCACUUUCGCUCAUAUUUUAAUUUAUAAUAAUCAAAAUUGUACUUAAAAUUAUUGACAACUAAAUAAAAACUCAAUUCUCUAUUGUUGUUAUGCACCCUAGUUACUACCUAACAACCAAAGUAUCUAUCUUGAUAAAAUGAAUGAAACUAGUCAAUAUGACGAAAAUGUUUAAUUUUAUAAUUUAUAAUGGUAUCAAUCGUGCAAAAACGUUAUAAGCAUGUCGAACGUUAAGGGUAACCGAUCUCAGACAAUAAUUGGAGUCGUCGGCCCGCUCCUCCUCCAAACAAUUGUCUUCGAUCGGUAUAAAACCCUUACCGUUCUCCAUACUUAAUAUACUAUAAAAUGAGCUAUGUUAAAGGUCCAUUACAUUAAAACUAAGCGAGAUAUGCUGCAAACAAAAUUGAUAACCAAUGUGUUUUAAGAAAAAGUGAGAAGUAAUUUUAACCCCGUAUCCACCAAAAUGUAAAUGCAUCGUUUUCCUUCUACAAUACCUUUAACUAUAGUGUUAUUUAUAUGUUCAGAAAGUUGGACGGGUUUAAAAUGAAUGGCUUUUGAAAAAAAAAAAAGAUCAAAUUAUAGAGAGCAUUUUUAAAUUUUCUUAAAAAUCUUCCUUUUUCUCCAUGUAACUUGGAAAUGAUAAGAGAUACAGUAAUGAAAAAUAAAAAGGAAAUUUUUACCUGAAAAAACCCUACAUAUUUGUAGGGUAUCUUUUUUUCGUAUCUCUUAUCAUUUUCGAGUUACAUGGAGAAAAAGGAAUAUUUUUAAGAAAAUUUAAAAAUGCGCAAUAUAAUUUGAUCUUAUUUUUUUUCAAAAACUCUUUAUUUUAAACCAGUCCAACUUUUUGAACAUAUAAAUAACACUAUGAUAAAAAGUAUUGUAGAAGAAAAACGAUGUAUUUAAAUUCUGGUGAAUGAGGGGUUAAAUAUACUUCUCAUUUCUUCUUAAAAUACAUUAGUCAUAAAGUUUUUUGCAGAAUAUCUUGCUUAGUUUGAAUGUAAUCGACAUUUAGUUUUGCUCAUUUUAAAGGUUUGUUCAAGUACUACAAAAGUUGUAAGUAUCAUUAGACACCUAAAAUCGACUGUUUCUGUUAUUUCAAAUUGAAUACACCGAUUUGAGCAUGCAGCAAAACAACAAACUCUUCUUACCUACCAUAUCCCUCUUUCUAUUUUAACUAGAAGGUUUAUGAAGGAACGAAUCUCUUUGUUUUUUUAUAACCUACAGAAAUAUUUUAUAUAGUUUUUUUGUUAGAUGCAUAGUUUUUAAGGUAUUCACAAAAAUCCGUCCGAAAAGGUGUCAUUUUUCAAUGAAAAUGGCAAAAUUUUAAACCACGAAUAACUCAAAAAGUAUUGAGUUGUCAAAAAAUAAUUAUAGAACAGUUUUUGCUUAAAAUUAGGUUCUCUAGCCUCUUUCGUACCUAUUUUAACCAAACCAUUUUUCACUCUCGAGAAGGGGUGGGAACCACCCCCAAGAUAAAAGCGCACAUUGGUAUAGAGUAGACUUUGUUUCAUGAGCUAUUCCCUACUUACUGUGAAAAUAUCAAGUAAAUCGAUGUAGUAGAAUGGAAUUCGGAGCCAAAUACCCUCAUUGACUGCCCUAGUCCUGAACCGCUUGCAUCCAUUUUUGGCAUAUCCGUUUCAGGUCAUCUGUUCAUUUGGUUGGUGUUCGUCCUGAAUGAAGACCCAGAAAGGCGUCAUGUCUGGGUCUCCAUUCGAGAAUACAGAAUACACUUUGUUUAUCUGCGUCCUUCGUUCUCGCGACAUGCCCUUUCCAGUUUCAUUUUAAGGUUAAUAAUUUUUUUGAUUGCGUCGGUUACUCCCGAUCUACGGCACAAUUCUGUGUUGGUUAUCCGGUCUCUUAGGGUUAAUCCCAACAUGGACCGUUCCAUUGCCAUCUGUGUUGUUCGAAUUCUGUUUGGGGACGUCUUAGGGAGCGUUAGCGUUUCCGCACCGUAGGUUAGAACCGGCAGCACACAUUGAUCAAAGACCUUUCUCUUUAAGCAAAUGGGAAGAGCCGAUUUGAAAACGUAUGUCUCUUUCCAUAAGCCGCCCAAGUCAACCCUAUUCUACAUAAUAUCAGUUCAUUGGUCUGGUUAUUGUGGUUAUCUCUACCUCAGCGAAUUUCAUGCCCCAGUUGAUAUUAUAACCUGAACCGUUUAUGUCCUUAUCCCCUGCCUGUGGUAGGGAAUUAUGGUAUAAAUGGCCCCACAAUUUUUUUACAAGGAUUAAGUAAGCUUCUAGUGAUUAACCUGAACCCCAAAAUAUGAUUAUUACUUGCCAAAACGAAGUAACAAUGUUAAUACUCAAAGUGAGCUUAAAAAUCCAGUUAUGAAAACAAUGAGUUAGUGUCCCUUGUAAUAUUAUACUAAAUGUGUAGUAGUUUCGAAAAAAAUGACUGUUUUUAUUCAAACCUACAUGUUCAUUAGAAAUAGGUCUCUUUUAUUAAACGAAUUUUUAUUUAUAUAAACUUUUUUAUACCUAGACAUAUUCUAGUAUGUACAUUUUUUCAAUAUGUUAAGUUGUAGUCUUUUAGUCAAACAAUGUGUAUUACUUUUCUGUUAUCAAUAUACAGGGCGUGAGAAUAAUAGAAAAAUAGGAUUUUUCUGGUUUUACAGAAAUAAUAUCAGAAAAACUAAUCAGAAAACUAAACAGAGCCCUUUAUGUUGGUGAACAUGAUGUAAAUCCCAAUGUGAUAUAUAUUGAUAAUAUAAUAAACCUUAAAUAGAUAUUAGAAACCCGGCCUAGGAGUUAAAUUUUAAACUAUCUUUGCAAUAUAUAAAACUAGGUGACUAUAUGCAAAAUAUAUUUAAACAUUGCAUUCCCUUUUUUUAGGAAACCGUGUACGUUAACUUCUUAAGCUGUAGUUUUAUACUCUGAAAAUUCUGCUUGCAAGAAAAAUUAGUGUAUAUUUAGUUUUGUUAAUAUAGUUCCAUAAUAUAGUUGGACAAAAAUAUUCCAUGAGUAUUUUGAAAUUAAUGUGAAAUCAAAAUUUUUGUGCUUCAAUCCUUAGGAUUGCAGACCCAAAGUCUUAGGAAUAGGAUUUCUUUUCCGAUUGCGGUGUUUUAGUGGCAUAAUAUGUGUGCACAGCGGAAUGUGACGUUUCAUCGCCGGCCGUUUCAUCGCCAGUUAGUCAGUUGAUUUUGUAUUAUGGGAGAUGACACGACACGACGUUAAAUUCAGUUCAAAACUUAUGACAAUUAAAAUGAUAAAAAAUAUUAUUAUAUUUACUGUUCUAUUUCCCCUAAAUAUUAUAAAAGAUACUUACUACUAAAUUUGUAGUGUUAAAUGAUCUUUGUUGAAAUAUAUUAUAUUCAAAUUUAUGUAGUGUUCAAUACACCAGUGGUGUAUCUACUUCAUAAUUUUUAUUUAAAUAAUUUGCAUUUUUUUCCAAUAUGCGUUGUACAUAAUUUUUUUCAACAUACAAGGUGUUCCGUAAGUAGUAGUACCAACGAAGAGUUGGCGAUGAAUCGGCCGGCGAUGAACUGGCGGCGAUGAAAUGUCCUAGACCCGUGCAGAACGCUUCACCAGUUGAUAAAUCGACCUGGUGAAUAUCUCUUGUCCUUCACACAAGACGGGAACCAGCUUCUUUAGUGAUCGAUAAUGUAAACUCUGAUUAUCUUUUGUCGAGUCGAAGCAAGGGGUAACUCGGAGUUGAAAUGAGUAAUAAAAUGGUGAGGUAAUUAUUUUAUUUUGCAACACAAACACUAUUUACAAUCACUGUACAAUAAUAACUAUUACUGAGUCUAAUACAAAACAUACAUAUAGUCCGUCUGCUAUUGGGACCGUGCAAGUUCGGAAAAGCGACACCUGGUUUCUUCGCUCUGCACUUUUAUUCGCACUUUUAAUUAUAUUGGCCAAUCAUAUGGUCCUGGUUGCUGGAUAAUUGUCAAGGCUAUAGUCCAAAAAAAUAAUAAGAAGAAAAAAUAAGAUUCAGGUUAUGAUAUUAAAACGUAAACAAUUGUAUGUAGUAAAUAAAAUUAGUUAUUAAAAUGCAGUAAUGCAAGCAAAAUACAAUUAAUUACAUUUACCUUUAUACAGAGUGUCCCAAAAGUAGUGGAACGGUCGAAUAUUUCGCGAACUAAACAUCGGAUCGAAAAACUGAAAAAUACAUGUUCAAUCAUUUUCAAAAAUCUAUCCAAUGACACCAAACACCAACCCCCACUACACCCCUUGGAGGUGGGGUGGGGGGUAACUUUAAAAUCUCAAAUGGAAACCCCUAGUUUUUCUUGCAGAUUUGGAUUCGUUACGUAAAAGUAAGUAACUUUUAUUCAAGACAUUUUUUCGAACUGUGGAUAGAUGGCGCUAUAAUUGGGAAAAACGAUUUAUCCUGAUACCAUAGGUAAAUUAUAGAAACGGUCUAAUAUCUCGAGAAAUACACUUCCAAAUGAGAAACCAAAAAAAAAGGUUUUUAAUACUUUUCGAAAACCUAUCGAAUAACACUAAACAUGACCCUCCAACCCACCCCCUGGAGGUGGGGUGGGGGGUAACUAUAAAAUCUUAAAUAGCAACCCCCACUUUUUAUUACAGAUUCGGAUUCGUCAUGAAAAAUUAAGCAACAUUUAUUCGAAACAUUUUUUAGAAUUGUUGAUAGAUGGCGCUUUAAUUGGAAAAAUACGAUUUAUUAGCGCCAUCUAUCUGCAAUUUUAAAAAAUGUUUCAAAUAAAUAAAUAAAUGAAUGUUGUUUAAUUUUUCAUGACGAAUUCGAAUCUGCAAUAAAAAGUGGGGGUUGCUAUUUAAGAUUUUAAAUUUACCCCCCACCCCAUCUCCACGGGGUGGGUUAGAGGGUCAUGUUUGGUGUUUGUCGAUAGGUUUUCGAAAAAUAUUAAAAACCUGUUUUUUGGUUUCUCAUUUGGAAGUGUAUUUCUCGAGAUAUUAGACCGUUUCUAUAAUUUACCUAUGGUAUCAGGACAAAUCGUUUUCUCCAAUUGUAGCGCCAUCUAUCCACAGUUCGAAAAAAUGUCUUGGAUAAAAGUUGCCUACUUUUACGUAACGAAUCCAAAUCUGCAAGAAAAACUAGGGGUUUCUAUUUGAGAUUUUAAAGUUACCCCCCACCCCACCUCCAGGGGGUGUAGUGGGGGUUGGUGUUUGGUGUCAUUGGAUAGAUUUUUGAAAAUUAUUGAACAAAUAUUUUUCAGUUUUUCGAUCCGAUGUUUAAUUCGCGAAAUAUUCGACCGUUCCACUACUUUUGGGACACCCUAUAUAAUAAUUGCAUAUCAUAUCAAUAUUGUGGAGCAAUAUACAAUUUUUCUUCUUCAUUGACAGUAGAUAUGAAAUAUACGUCAAUUUGACAAUUUUAAUUGACAAUGAAUUAUUUAAGAAAGUUACAAUAUUUCUCCGCUAUUUUCGCACGAUCGUUUCUCGUAUCGCCUUCAAGUACUUGCACACCGCGAAUAACUUUUCCCAUGCGGUACGAUUCAUUUUCAAUCAAAUUAAGUCAAAACAUAAAUUGAAACGAACGUCGAUGUGUAUACAGUCGGAAAAAUGAAAGAAUACCCAUGAACGAACAUAUAAAACACGCUGUAUUUUCCUGUCACCGUGUCACAAAGAAAAUUGUCCAGUGCAAGUACAUGUAACAAUAAUUAUUACAUGUACUUGCGCUGGCCAAUUUUUUGUGUGACACGGUGACAGAAAAAUACAGCGUGUUUUAUAUGUUCGUUCAUGGAUAUUCUUUCAUUUUUCCUACUGUAUACAUUUUUUAUACUGUAUACUAUAUACUACACACAUCGGCGUACGUUUCACUUUCUGUUUUGACUUAAUUUGAUUGAAAAUGAAUCGUACCGCAUGGGAAAAGUUAUAGCGGACGGACUAUACAUGUUGCUAUGUAGGUACUACGAAUUGUACAUAUAACAAUUAUGAAUUAUUAUAAGUGAAUGAGAACCGCGUGAGCCGCGAUUAUGAAACAGAAUGAGAGAUGAAUAAUUCGCGUGAAUAACCGUGUGAAUAAUGAGAAAUGUGAAUCGUGAAUUAAGAAUGUAUUGUCAUUCGAGAUAAUACAUUCUGAGUUGUGCUAAACGCGUCUGAUCAUCUCGGACGCUAGCUAGUAACUUGCUGACAAACUGAACUGACUGAGAGCAUAAGAAUUCUUCUUUUUUUGGGCUUUUGCAACAAGAGGUGAGAUCAAUUUAUCAAACUACUAUGCGUGUCUAACUCAAAUUUUAGAGUAAACAAAAACUUCUAAUGCGGCUCGAUACCACAAAGAACUUUUAGUAAUUUUGGGGAAACAUAAAAAUGCAACAGCGAAACAAUUUGAGCUUCCAAUUCCAGCCAUGGCAAUCCACACAUGGUGAAUUUAGGAUAUAAAACUGUUUUUAUGUCGGCUGAAACUGUGAGAAAUAAGAUAUAUCUUGAAACCGAUUGUUUUUAUAGCGCAACAAUCCUUGAAUCAAAGACUCCGACACGGCCAACGGAAAUGAGGUAUUAAUAUAACGGAUUUUUCUCGUAUUCGAGUUCCUUGGAAGCUGCAAAAAGGGCAGAUAUGUGCUCAUUUUGAAAAAUAGUCAAAGAUGCGAUAAAUUACGUAUUGGGAUCAUAUAAGCGAGAAUUAUAAUUAUCGAUAUGUUACAAGGUUUGGAACAAUAUGAAUGCUCAAUCGGAUUUAGAUCUGAUAUGGGCUAUUUAUAUAGUAACCAAUAUAAUUUUUAACUUGAAUCUCGUUAAGGUAAGUAUUAACUUUCUAGCAAAAUAAGCACGUCCGUUAUCGUGCAUUAGCACCAAUAUGUCCUAUCCAAUUUGUCUGUCAAUUGACAAACAUGAUCUUCUAAAAUAUUGUUAAUAUACAUGGUAGUUGGCAUUCGCCUUAUCACCUCCGCACGUUCGGUACCUAUGUUCUAUUAAAGCAAUACCGCUCCAUAGCACUAUACUGCCACCACCAAAACUAACGCUCUGUAUGAGGUUACAACUGACAUAUGACCGUUCACCAACUCUUCUGUAGACGAAAUAUUGUGAAUCUCGCUUCCAUAUGGUGAAAGGGUUGAUAGAUGUAACCUCAUACGUUAAUUUUGAGAGUGUUAAUUUUGAUAGUGGCGGCAUUCUGCUAAGAAGUGGUAUUUCUUGGACAGGAUAUACUGAACUUGUUGAGGAGAUUGGAUAAAUCAUAGCUGAUAUGUAGAUUCCUUAAAACCAUUUUAGAUCAUGUUUUGCCAUUUGCCAGCCAUACUGGAUACGACAGAUUCGUGCUAAUGCACGGUAACCCACGUCUUCAUGUUGUUAGAACAGUGAGUACUUACCUUGAUGAGAUUCAACUUAAAAUUUAUAUAACACUAUAAAACAUCGCAUUCGGAAAAUGAAUCCUAUGCCUAUGACACUUGAGGGCUAAGGAUAGCAGCACAAAAAAUUUUACUUCACAUGAUAAUUUCAAAAUGCAAUAUGGAAUAUUUCAUUAUAAUGGAAUAUUUUGUACAAGAAUAUAUAUUUUCUUGUGGGAUUUUUAUAUUAUCUUCUUUAAUUUUUGGGAAUAAAUCACAAUAAUAAUUUAAAUAAUAUAUAUUUUACUAUUAUACUGUGGUUUAUUUCCAAACAUGUAGUCGUUUAACCAACUGUUUUUUGCGAUCUCCUGUAUUUGUUAUUUCUGUUGAUUUAAUAUCUAAUAUUAUGCCCAUUAUCUUUCGGUACGAGUUUUUUGUUUUUUCAGCAUUAAUUUUACGUUUUCUGGGGAAUCGUUAACCACUACCUCAUAAUAAAAGUUAGAAGCUUUAUACUGAGUAGGUACACAGCAGUUACAUGACUAAUACGAGUUAAACUUUUCUAAGAGAUGGCGAUAUGUUACAUUAGCUGAAGUUCGUCUGUAUUUAACACAUUCGCUGCCUAUCAAAGGAGAUGGAACUCGGCUACGAGCCAUUCUGUUGAACGGCACCUGUCUGAAGCAGCCAUAUAGAGCGCUGGCGCGUGAGCAUUGGUUAAUAAAAUAUUAAAUUUCCUUAGUAUUUCGGGCAAAAAUUUAAUAGUGGAUAAACUCAGUUGCUUAAAAUGUGGAUAUGUGCCUAAAGUCUGUAAAAAAACAACGCAUACUAAUAAAUCAGUACUAAGCAUCCAAAGCCCAUAUAGGGAGUAUCACGAAGUUUUUUUGACUUAUUUUUCUCACAAUAUAUCCUACCGUCCUUUCUUCAUAUUCUUAUACGGUAGUUAAAUCAGGCAAUGUAUUUUACAGAAAUAAUAUCUUCUCCCUCUCUUACUUCUUUUUUAAUUAGACUUUACUUUUUUAUUCUGGCUUUGCAGUUUGUUUGGGAGUUUAAACAAUAUAUACAUUAAUUUUAUUUGAGCGAUUUUCAUCGUUUUGGCAUCGAAUUUUGGAAAUCUUGGAUACAAAUAUUUCCCAUAUUACUUGUAAUAAAAACUUGUACUAGUAAAUGCCUAGGUACAUACUAGUAACUGAACAUAUUAGGUAUCAUAAUGUUGACAAAGUAGUCACCUAUUAUCUAUAUAUUGCAAAAGUGAAAACGUUAUAACAUAUUCUAAUCCUUUAGAUUAUUUGUUUUUACCACCAGAAAGCACUCUAACAAAAUUGAUACUAAUUAUUUUACACUAAUAUAUCAUAACACUUUUAUUGGUAAUUGAGUUUGCUUAAAUAUUGUAAACUGUAAUAAAAUAUUGUUGUAAAUUGUUAAAUAAGACUGAAAGUAUACAAAAA